CUGUGACAAAGUCCAAACCUGGGAACGGCUGCACACUCACUUCACCUCUUUCACUCAGCGUCUGUAUUUUUACUUUUUUACAGUCAGAAUGAUGCUGCUGCUGCUGCUACUGCUACUGCUACUGGUGGGUGGAGCAAUUUAUUUUCUCCAUGUCGUAAAGAGUCCCAGAUGUAAGAGUAGUGCAAAGUUACACGGGAAAACGGUGAUCAUCACUGGAGCAAACACUGGCAUCGGUAAGACCACGGCGAUGGACCUGGCCAGGAGGGGGGCCAGAGUGAUCCUCGCCUGCCGGGACAGUCGGCGAGCUGAGGCAGCCGUCCAGGAAAUUGUCCAGGAGACCAAGAACAAACAGGUGAUCUUCAUGCAGCUCGACCUGGCCAGUCUGAAGUCUGUUCGAUCCUUCGCAGACAACUUCCUGCGGUCGGAGUCCAGGUUGGAUCUUCUUAUCAACAACGCAGGCCUGUUGAACUCUGGGAAAACGGAGGAUGGUUUCGGGAUGAUAUUCGGCGUCAAUCACCUGGGUCACUUCCUGUUGACGGUGUUGCUGCUGGACUUGCUGAAGGCGAGUGGGCCGAGCCGUGUGGUGAACUUGUCCUCCAGAGCCUUUGAGGCUGGGAAGGUGGAUUUGAACUUUCUGAGGACUCAUAGAGAUUUGGCUUCGGGCAGUAGCGACCUCCAGCUCCUCCUGACCUACAGCCACAGCAAACUGUGCAACAACCUCUUCACCUACGAGCUGGCAAAGCGACUGGAGGGCAGCGACGUCACCUGCUACAGCGUCCACCCAGGACUAGUGAAGACAGAGAUUGGUCGUAACUUCAGCCACUGGUGGACGUUCCUCUUUCGUUUUACCGAAAUCUUCACUCGAGAUGCUGUGUCUGGAUGUCAGACCACGCUCCACUGUGCCCUGGAACAAGACAUCGAACACCUCAGUGGUCAUUUCUUCUUAGACUGCGCCCCAAUGCUCAACAUCGCGUCGAAGUCUAGAGACGAUGCUGUGGCCACGAAGCUGUGGGAGCUCAGUGAGACUUUCUGUGGUCUCUCUUAAAAGGAAACUUCAAAUCUGAGCUUCGGUCUUUGUAUUCGGUGAACGUAACUCACGUUUUUCACCUGUGACAACUGAGCUGCUCAUUAAAGUGCAGAAUUGUAGAAAAAAAUACACAAA